GCAGCUGAUGACGCCACCUGCUGGUCAACAAGCAGCACAACAAGGAAGUGUUCAUGACUGAGUCCACUUCCAGGACGGACGGAGCGCUUCUCUGGACAGAUGUUUUCUCUGUAGCACAGGAUGCCUGUUGAAAGCCCGGAGGAGAGGACGGUGGAGGUGCUGGCGCUGCCCGCGGGAGUGGACGAGGAGCUGCUCUGCCUGUACUUCGAGAAUAAGCGCCGCUCCGGGGGAGGUCCACUUGUCUCUGUGGAGAGGAAGGGUGAUGGAGCCAUACUGGUGUUUGAAGAGGCAGAAGCUGCAGCCCAAGUGUUGUCCAAAGGGCACCACGUUCUGCAUAAUGUGGAGCUGAGUGUGAGAAAGCCGGCCUCCAAGGACCCGUGUAGACUGCUGCUGCGGGGGAUCAACCCCAGCACCAGCGUCGAGAUGAUAGAGCUCUACGUGGAGAACAUGAUGGGGCUGAACGUGCCUGACUACACUCUGCAUCCAUCGGCAGGGAGAGAUUCCAUCCUCAUUCACCUCAGCCAACCCUUCUUGAAAGAUUUCCAAAACCUUAGUGCUAAAAUCUCCAAAAGGACACUUGAUGGGGCCGUGGUCGCUCUUGAGCAGAUUGAGCAAACUGACUCCGUGUUAGUGGAGAACCUGCACCCCAGCAUCACCCCAGACCUGCUCACAAUGUAUUUUGAGAACAAGGGAGGUGGGAAUCAGAAGGUGAAGGAGGUCGCAAUGCUUUCAGAGGGUACAGCCAAGGUGUCCUUUGUCAAUUAUGACUCUGUGGGCCCUGUCCUGGAUCACGCACACAAGCUGGAAGGUGCUGAUCUUGUCGUGGUGCCGUACUUCGACUUUCUUCAAGCCACGCAAAGUUUAACAUCGCAAGACUCUGGAGUUGGAAGCCAAGAUGUGACGGAGAGAAACUCAGAGGAUCUGAGUGAUAUGCAGAUGCAGACCAGUCCUCCCAUGGUGGUCAGUACAAACAGCCAGUCCUCCUCUCUGACAGCCUCAAAGCCCCUUGCUGCCUGCGAGGCAGUAGAGAAAGCGGCGGAGGAAGUCACAGAGGAUCAAAUGGAGGUCGAAGAUAUGCUAUCAAGCCAUAUUACUAUUACUGACAUAGUCAAACUUGCUUUGUUUCAACUCAGCACCUUUCAGCGGGACACUGAAAAGGCUCACCCAAAUGUCACUGUGCAACUCAAAGACAAUGGUGUACACAUUGCAGGUAAUGACAGACGAACACUUCAGCUGGUCAAACACUCUAUCUUGGACUAUUUUGCCAACAUGGCUGAGGCUCAUUUCACCCUCGAACCAGAAAAGGCUGAGCUUCUUGCAAGAAAAGAUGUGAAAGAGCGACUACUGCAGACCAUGAAUCAGUCUGGAUCACCGCCGGCUACGUACACCGUAUCAGACUGUAACGCUGUAGUAACCUCAAUAUCACAGGACUCGGCUGUCCAAGCAUGUAGCUUUUUGAAAUCCCAGCUGGGUCACUUCAGCAUACCGAUGGCCGGCGAGUAUGAAGGCAUGUUUUAUUGCAGAGAAUGGUCUGAGUUCCUGCAGGCUCUGGGUUUCUCCUCUGUAAAGGUGUCAGAGCGAGGGGGGAAUAUUGAUGUGUGGACUCUGAAAGGGAUGGAGAAUGAGAAGCAGACUGCUAUCCUGGAGUUUCUCAACACACCCAUUGAGAGGGACACAGUUAUCUCUAUGGUACCAGGCAUGCUGAAAUACAUCCAGAUCCAUUGUCAUCAGCUGUUGGCUGACAUGGACCAAGUGUCUAUCUUUCCACUCGAAGCAGAGGAUGCGUGUGGGUUAAAGAUCCAUGGCCAGGCUGUCGCUUGUCAAAUGGCUGAGGAGGUGUUGCAAGGUGUGGUCUCUUCUAUCUGCACCAGAACCAUCACAGUAAACGCUCCAGGAGUGACCCGCUUUUUGGACGACAAGGACUGCAAGAGCAUCCUGAAAGAGAUGGAGACAAAGUUUCAGGUCUAUAUCAUCACAAAACACGUGCCCUGGGAACCCCUGCCACACCAGGACAUUUUUGAAACAGCAUGGACCAUGAUGUCCCACACAAACUUCCAGAAAGUGUCUUCGGAUAGUUCUGCACAGGAGUUAAAAUCAGAUUCAGUGCAAACUGAUGAUAAUGCAGCUGCAGGCAGAGGCCUUUUAGAGGAGGCAAAGAGAAUCGUCUCAGCCAUCGAUGGAAGACACGAGGAGGGUGUGUCCAAUUCAGACCAACUUGAUGAUAUGGAUGACAUGGACCUGUACACAGCCGAGGAUCCGACCAGCCUGGCAGACCAAGACUCUGACGUGAUAGCUGUGGACGCUUCCCAGCCCUCAGCUGAAGGGAACACUAUGAGUGGGUUACCCCAGCUGAGUGAUGGACCUCUUGGCCUUUCUAGUGACCUCGAAGAAGAGGCCCAACUGUCUCUAGCUAUUCAGUACUCUAUGGAGUCGAGCCAUUGGUCCCUGGAGGAUGAGGAGAAACAGAUGCAAAAAGCCUUGGAGCUGUCCAAGAAAAUGAUCCAACAUGAAGCAUCCUGUAGUAGUAACAACAAGAGCCCCCAGGUGAAGCAGCGUAAGAGGCCCAUCAAUAUUUCCUUACAAGACACCAUUAAGGCAGCCAACACCAUACAGCUAGAUGUGUUUGCAGGUUAUAAUUGUGACCUGAUUCGGGUGGACAUAGCCUUUGGGAAAAGGGUCAGCCAGAGACAGGUUGAGGAGAAACUCGAGCACAGGACUGUGAAGAACAUGUCCGAGUACCACAGGAAGUGUCUGGAGUUGAUUAAGAGGAAGCACGCGGUCGAGAUUCAAGUCCAGGGCACCGUAAUCACUGUUUCUGGCUUCAAGGACUUUGUGAAGGGAGCACUGUGUGACCUGAAGCUGCUGCUGGAGAAAUUGUCUAAUUCUGUAUCUGACCAGGAAAUUCUGAAAGCUGUCCAGUGGGUGCAUCAUGACCCAGUCUCUUCAGACACGACUCCCUAUUCACCGGACGCUACAGUGUUCAUCGAGAAUGUUUGGAGGAUGAAGCUGAAAAAGAUUGAUAUUUUGCUGGACAAUCAGCCCCACACCAUAAACUUCGAGAAAAUGCAAGAAUACAGCAUAAGUUCUGGGAAGUCUGUGAAAAUUUCCAGGAAGUUGAUCAAUGUAGGGGAUUUGGUUGAGGAAGUACCAGAAGAGGAAUACUCUCUGCUGUCAAACAUGCCUGAAGUGACCAAAGUGCACGAGGAGUCUGAUGAAUUUCAGAAUGUGGUGAAGAACUUCUAUGAGACCAUACAGGAAUACCACAGCAAAAUCAGAAUCAUUCAGGUGGAGAAGCUCAUGAAUCGACUGCUGUACAAUCAGUACAAGUUGAAGAAGGCGAGCGUACUGCAGCGUGCCGUGUAUCCGGAAGUUGAACGGACGCUCUACCAUGGCACAAGUGAGACGAGUGUGAAAGAGAUCUGCGUCCAUGGAUUCAACAGAAGCUUCUGUGGAAAGAAUGCCACCGUCUAUGGUCAAGGAGUGUAUUUUGCUGUCAACUCUGCGCUGUCGGUCCAUGAUCAGUACUCACCCCCCAACGCAGAUGGAUACAAGUUUGUUUUCGUGUCAAAGGUUCUAACGGGAGACUACACUAAAGGCUGCCACUCGAUGAAGGCGGCCCCGCUGAAGGAGACUGGUGAUAUUCCAAUCAGAUACGACAGCGUGACUGACGACAUCACGAAGCCGACCAUGUUUGUCAUCUUCAACGAUACGCAGGCUUUUCCUGAAUAUCUCAUCACGUGCCAGAGAAUCCACCGCUGAAGAAGACGGAUGAGUCAUCAGAUCAUAACCACCAAAUGUCGAGAAAAGGACUGCUUUUGUUUGAAUGUUUCUGCCUUGAUUAAAAAAGUGAAUUUGAUUUAUAAAGGGCUAAUAGGUUGUUGUGUACAGUGGAUACUUUUAUUGUGGUGAUUGUAAUUUCAUUAAGUUCUUUGUUGUCGACUGAUCAGUUGCUCCCCUUUCUUCAGUUUAGUCAAGUCUGCUCAAGAGAAACUCAAACAGCUGAACCCAAAAAGCCCAUUUCAGUUAAGUAGCUUUAAAGGUGCCCUUUGAGUACAAUAAGUCUCAUUGUGCCAUGUCUUUAAAUAGAUGGGACACAGCAGUUAUUGCAUGACAUUUCACUUGUAACAGUCAGUUUGGUGCUUGUUGGGAUUGCUCACCAAGCUCCAGUGUUUAUUCGGCUAUCUUAAACUUGCAAGCAUCCGAAAUAUGUUGUAUUUUUGAUUUAAAAAUAAACCAUAAACAAUAUGUUGCACACA